AACAGGGACUUCCCUGAGCCUCCAUCAUCUGCAGGGAGGGAAAAAAACACUCUCACACACACUGCCUCCCACACACACACACACGCACACUCUGCUGAGAGCUAGCAAGGGGCUUUAAACAGCUUCACACAUAACCGAGACAAAGGGACUGUAACCUGCCACAAUGGAAGAAAACAUGGAUGAAUCGCAAAGCCAGAAAGGCUGUAAGGAGUGCUGCGAGCGAUGUGUGGGCAGCCUGCCCUGGGCCUCGCUCAUCGCCACCAUCCUCCUCUACAUGGGCGUGGCCUUGUUCUGUGGGUGUGGCCACGAGGCUUUGAGCGGCACCGUCACCAUCCUCCAGAACUACUUUGAAGUCAUCAGAGCCCCAGGAGAUACUCUGGAUGUGUUCACCAUCAUCGACAUCCUGAAGUACAUCAUUUAUGGCCUUGCAGCUGGAUUCUUUGUGUUUGGAGUGCUGCUGCUGGUGGAGGGCUUUUUCACCACUGGAGCCAUCCGCGAUCUCUACGGAGAGUUCAAGAUCACUGCCUGCGGACGCUGCCUUACUGCAUUCCUGAUGUUCCUGGCCUACCUGUUCUUCCUGGUGUGGCUCGGGGUGACAGCAUUCACCAGCCUGCCGGUCUUCAUGUACUUCAACGUUUGGUCCAUGUGUCAGAACACCAGCUCGGUGGAGGGAACCAACCUCUGCCUGGACCUGCGUCAGUUUGGAGCGGUGACCAUCUCCGAGGAGAGGAAGUUGUGCACACAGUCCGAGAAGUUCGUCAAGAUGUGCGAAUCCAACGAGCUGGACUUGACCUUCCAUCUGUUCGUGUGCGCACUAGCAGGAGCAGGAGCCGCUGUCAUCGCCAUGGUGCACUUCCUGAUGGCUCUAGCCGCUAACUGGGGCUACCUGAAGGAUGCCAGUCGGAUGCAGAAGUACGAGGACAUCAAGUCGAAGGAGGAGCAGGAGCUGCACGACAUCCACUCUACACGCUCCAAAGAACGUCUCAAUGCCUACACAUAAACACGCCGCCACGAGGAACGACACACACACACUUACCUGUCAGACACACACGCACACACGGGUGAAAAAGGUUCAUUCAAACAAAUUUACAGACACGAGUAGGCAGAAAUUAGAGGAUAAGAAACCCAUGAGAUCACCGACGCCCUCGUCAUCCUCAGCUCUGCACUCGAUCGUUGCUGCUCUGCUCCAAGCUUAACACGAUAAAUCGUCCAGAUUCACCGAACCUAAACUCGUCAGACAUUUUAGUCUGAAGGUUUCUGAAUGUGAUGGUGUGAGUUUUCAGGCCUUUCAGAGUAAAAUGCUGCACAAACAAAAGUUCUCUCUGCAUAACACAAACCAGCGUAAUGAGGAAAUGCCCAAAAUCACCGCGGACGAACCCAAAGAACGAGAAUUUUUUCAAUCUGAUCGCCUAAAGACUCCGAACAGCAACAACUUACAGCAGAGCAUGAAUGAGGACGGCGUCCAUGAGCUCAUCAUCAACCUGCACACACACACACACACACACACACACACACACACACACUGAGACAUGUAGAUGUGACUGAAUGGUCGGUGUUGUUUGGUGGUGUCAUGCUGUGUUGUGUCGUUUCGCCACGCUAUGAUGAUGGUGUCACAGAGAAAUAAGGUCCCCGAGGAAAUUUGUGCCUCCCGGGUACAAAUGGGUAGCUUUGCCAACUCCCCCCGACCCCCUCCUUUCUCCCUGACCUCUGACCUCUUCACGUUGAGCCCAGUUUCAUUAGUUGUUUCGUAGUUUCUUGUUGCGUUCGCUGACCCAUGUGGUCGUUUACAGCGGUGGGGGGUGGGGUAGGGUUUUGGAAACAAAAAGCACUGGAUUGGUUAACAUCCAGCAGGUGGUUGGAGACCCGCCUGAGGUUAGCGUUGAGCUCGAGCUUUGGUUAUAAGGUUUUCAACCCUAACCACCGGCCGAUCACGAUGACCUGCAGGAGAGAUUUUACCCGAUGCGUUAAUUACGAAGCGCCGAUGAUCGCAGAAAAAUCGAUGUCAUGAACACGACCAAAUUCUCUUAAUGCGUCUCUAUUUCUGCGUAUCUUUAUUAUUAUUAUUAUUAUUCUGAGGCUGACAGCACGUACGGUGGCAGCGGGGGUGCAGCUAGUGAAACGGGGCUCCUUCCUCCUCCCCCUCUUCGUCCCCUGAUUGUACAAACUUGUGAUUCGUCCUCAGAAACAGCACAUCUUAGCAGCACAAAGUCUUUUAGUCAUCAUCUCAUCCGUCUGUUACGUAACGUUUUCUCACUUUUCAGGGAUUUUGCCACAUUUUUAUUCAGAUUCUUUCUGUGUGAUUUUAGCACCGGGGUAUUUAAACGGGGCCGGGGUCGGGUGGGGGGUCUGUCACAUUACCAUGUGAUGAUUCAGUAUUUCAGCGAUCCUGCACACACACACACACACACACACACGAGCGUAUACACCAAUCAUCUUGAGCGAUUCGUUGUUCUCAUGCUUCCUGUUUUGCGUUCUUUGGUGACACCCUGAUGCAACCAAACAUUAUUUGUAAGUUGAAUCAGAAAAAUCAGCGACACCAAUCGCAGGCUGACGGCGGCGGAGGAUCUGCAGGAAUUCUGGGUAGUGUUUGUGCGUUGGCAGGGGUGGAGGUGGUUCCUCAGAGGUGGAGGUGGUGGUGUCUGAAACAGAUUGUAGGGCUGAGAAAGAGGAAUGGCAUUCCAGCGAAUAAGCUAAUGGUUCAGGGCUGCUCUCCUGUCCUGUAACGCUCUCCUCGGGUUGCUGGGUUAUUCUGGAACAGCGGAGCUUCCCAGUUCUUCACAGUCGCAGUUCUCCAUGCGAGGUUUUAUCAGCAGAUAAAAAUGCAGUCAACACAUUUAAUAAGCUCGACGUCCUUCUAAUGCAGUGAUCCAAACGCAGCGCGGUGGUUCGGUCUUUGUUCUGUGUUCAGCGAGAGAAGAAGAAGAAGAAGAAGCGUGCAAGUGAGGAUGGUGAUGAUUCUCUAUCUGCCAGUAGAGAUGACUGAGAGCGAGAUGAAGAUGAUAACAUGAUGGUUUGAUUUGAUGAGACUACCAGCACACACACACAUACAGACACACACACACACACACACACACACUCCACCACCGCCAUCACUCUGAGCCAUAACUCUUACUUUUCACGAUGACAUUUCACUAUUUUAUUAUCAACUUUUAAUCUUUGAAACUUUUUAAAUGUGAAAUCAUUUAAUUAGAAAAAAGAAAUGUGUUUUUUUCUCUUUUCUUUUCGCGUGUGGGCGGUGCUAAAGCGCUGCACCGACGUUAACUCUGUAUAAAGAUAUACAUAUAUGUGAAACAGUCGAGGUGAGCAGCCGGGAGGAGGAUUUCCUAUGGGUUACAGAGUCCGGAGGGGGCGGCGGUUCAGUCCCAAUGUCCUGAUCCUCUGCUCCCCGCACACAGCUGCACUUACACCCCGACGCUCCCGAGCCGGCUGGAUUUCACAGCCGGAGUAAAAGGUUUAAAUCGGCGCCUCGGCUCUAACAAAAUCCGUUACUGUGACCACGAUCGACCAAAGCCCAGAUUAGCUGGCUUCACACGUUGGUCGUCCUGAUUUAUUGUGACUCUCUAAACAGUUAUUUUGAAUGAUUCAACGAUGAGUCGCAUCUGCCUCAGCCAAUCAACACGUGGAAAACGUUGGUUACCGCCAGCUUUGUGGCUCGACGUCCUGCUCGUGUGUGCUGUUAGAUAUUUACGGGUGUAAAUAUCUAAAUAAAUACUUUAAAACGAUGAAAGAUAAAGUGGUGCUUGCUGACCUUUCAACUUAAUGCUAAAAAACUAAUUUCACUUAUUUAAAAAUGUGUGUUAGCUUUUAACUGUUAAACUCAGUUAAAAGCUUUGAUGUUAGACAGCACAGAUGCUGAUUGGCUGAAGCACUCGCGGGCCUCGGGACAAGGACGCCAUCCAAUCAGGAGGUGUUGGGAGCGUUUCCAGGGACUAACAGAAGAAAUAAAGGCCAGUUAGCGUCUGUGCGUCGAAGCCGUGCUCGUUGCUUCGCGUCGUGUAACUGCAGCUGACCAAAGUAGAAAAACCAUCACGGUGUCAACGAGGGGCGCCUCCGCCGGACUCGCGUCCUGUUCAGGUGUGUCCCGGCUGCACACAGUCAGUAUUUUUAAGGGUCUAGUUUUACAGUAACAGUAUUCUAUCAUUUCAUUGCCUGACAAUGGAUGUCUUGUCAGUGUUUUUAACCUCAGAUAAAAGAAAAAAUAGUUUUUUGUGCACUUAUUGACCAUCGUGAGCUCUCUCUCUUAUUCUUGGUGUGUAAGUGCAUUGAGAUCCCCACUGUGGGACCUGUGUAUAGUCUUGCAGCAUUGGUUAUAACCUGAAGAAAUAACAAUGAUGAAAACGAAUGAAUUCAUAAUAAUGAAGAUAAUCUUAUACUACAUAAAAAAGACAGUGACUCUAGUUGUUGUUUGUGGCAUGGUUAUGCAUUCAAUGGUCAUAAUUUUAAAGAUUAAAACAAGACAAAAAAAAGUCAUUCUUUUCCACUGGCGCUGUUCUGCUGUUUUUAUUUUCCACUUUUCCGUGUGCAGUAUUGCCGUUCCUGUUGCUAAUGGUGUUGCUAAGCUAGCUUGCUUGCUCAGUUGUUUACCACCAGAGCAAUAUAUUGUAGCAGUUUGACAAAAUCGAGACGUUAAAAACAACAAGUCCAUUCUCUUCAAUUUACGGCAUACAAGUGCAUGAAUUUAUGAUUGCAAGUCUUCAGUGAUAUGAUUAUGGUGUUCUGUAUUGUUUAUCCUAAUAAAGCGGAUUUGCAGAUGUGGUGUAAUGUAUUGCUCUGGCCACCCGUUUCCCCGCACCCACCUCUGCUCACGUCCUCCUCCACGUCCUCCUCGCAAACACGCCGGCUCAGACGCUUUCAGAGCCCACGUGAUGGAUUCCAGACAAAUGAUCGGAAACGCAGAAUUCAGACUGCAUCCAGUGCUGCUGGAUGUGGAGGACCAUAACAGCCAUCAUUUCAAAAAGGACACGAAUAAAUUAACGGACACGUCUUUAUUGCAAAAAUAAUAGUUAUACAAAAUAGGGUUUCUUAGCUGAAUUGUUUUUGGAAUUAUUUUGUCAUCUAUUUACUUUAUUUCCCCUUUUGUUUCUUUGUGUUUUUCCUCUUUCUGUGUUUCUGCUUCAUUAUGCAAACGAGACCCAGAGAGCUGAUUCUGCUCACCUGGGUGUUAUCUGUGGUCACCAUCCAGGUGACCAAACGCACCGCUGAAUCGUCUCUGGGUCAGCGAUGGUGUGCCGACUCCUCCUGGUCGCUGAACCAGGGUCGGUCUCUGCAAGGCAAACAAAUCAGUCGUGUUAAACUUGGCGUGCGUUCGGAUGCAAACUCAAAUGUUAGUUUAUGCAAAACUGUUGGAAAUGCUUAAUGAUCUGAAUGAUGGCAGUUUUGGUCCUCCACAGUCUGAAGGUGAAGAAGCCAGACUGUCGGCUUCUCCCGGCUGCUGUAUGAGAGUCGUGCUGUGAAUGUGGCACAGAACAGAUUUGGCCCAAAUGAAAGCGAAACACCUGAGACAGGUGACCCGAGAGGCUCAGCCCACUGUUGUAGUCGGGUGGAGGAGGAUGUGAGCAGCUCGCUCUCCAUUCGUUCAAGUCUCCUCAUCUUACUGUCUAACCCACAUGUAAAGACGAACACGUGUGAUGACACGUACUGAUCCUGCGUCCUCUCUGUCUGCCCGCUGACCGCAGCUGAACCAUUCCAGGAUCCCGAGCGCGGGAUCAGAAACCCGAGCGCGUCGGCGCGAUCGAGCAUGAAUUUCAAUGACAUGACGUCUGAGUUCCAACCCGCUGUGAGGAGGUUUGCCGUGUUCCCACAGCUCUGAAUCACAGGGGGGGAGAUCAGACCCUCUGUGCCUGAUAACUUCAGCUCUUGUCCAUCGUGAACUGAGCCGCAGAUCUAAAAGCUGAUGAUGUCAGUCCGUGACCUUCCACUGAUCAUCACGUGUUUCAGAUUCAUGCAUUAUGUGAGGUUGGACAUCUUGGACGUUGGAGGUAGUUUUUUUCUGUUUCUCUAUAGUAUGCUAGACUUUUUGUACUUCACUCUGGUUGCUUAGUAGCAGGCUUUAUCUGAUUCACUCCUCCAUCUUUGUACAUAUCUGUGCCAACAGCUUGGGCAGACAGUGGCUUUUUUAUUUGUAAAGACAUAAACUUGCUUGCAUAUAUAAAUAAAAUGAAAUAAUACACUUGUGUACUUGUUAAUAAGGGAA